GUAACCUUACUAGUCAAUGUGAUUUCCACGCGUGUUAUGUUGUAUACAGUAAUAUACAAUUGGUGCUUUUGUAUAAGUGAAUUGUGAAUCUGCUAAAAUGUUGACUCCAAAUUUUAACAUUUCUCAAUCUAAAAACCAAAUAAUUUUAGUUAUAAAAGCUCCGAUGGCAAACCCCAAAGACACCGAGCUGAUUGUAUACGAUGAUAACGUAGUCUUUUAUUCCUCCCCUUAUUACCUAAGGCUUCAUUUGUCUGGGGAAUUGAAAGAAAUCGAAGAAACCUGUGGUAAAUAUGACGCUGAUAGUGGGGAAUUCUCAUUCACUCUGAACAAACUUAACGAGGGAGAGGAAUUCAAGAAUUUAGACUUACUCGGCCAACUUCUUAUACCAUCGAAGAAGCACAAACUUAGACCGGAAAUAUCUUUGGUCGAAGACGAGUCAAAUAAUAUGUCAGUAGAAUCCAACGAUAUUGAAAAUGAAGAUGAUGUCGAUGAUUGGUACAUAGAUCAGGAGAUUUUCACCGAAGAUGUUAGUGGCUUACCGAGUUACGGCUUUGCCAAUAAAAUGUGUGGAAAGGAAAGAGAACUGCGGGAAGAGUUUAAUGAAAUACUGGAUUUGCCUGAUGCUGCCAAGGUCUCGCCACAAGAUAGAAAGUCUCUAAGGAUUGAAAUUGAAAAUAAUAAAUUCUCCGAAGAGCAUUAUUUGGCUGACUUGAUGGAACCUGGAGAGCAGGAACAACUCAUGCAUUUUGUACCACCUUGGUUUGACAAAGAAAAUGUUAGCUUACAUCAAGAAGAAAAAAACUAUCUUAAAGAGUUAGGAAACAGAGAUUAUAUUAUGAACUCUAAUGAAACUAAAGUUGCUCUUUUAUCCCUCGUUGAUAUACUGUUUGCAUACGCAUACAACUACCGUACGACUCAGGGAGAAGAGAAUAAUGUCGAAUCUGCUUGGACUGUUAACAAAUUGAGUUCUACUCUAUCCUGUUUUCAGUCUUUUCAAGACAUAACAGAAGUGAAAACUGCAUGUGUUCGAAGAUCACUCAUUUUUCCUCUGUACAGGAAUUGGGAUUUAAGUAUGAAAGUUUUAGGAGACACUCAUGCUAUUCUUUUAAAGGGCAAAAGGCAAAUAUUAAAAUGCUUGAUAGAAAUUCAUAAGAUGUUCAACCAGAGUGAGCCGAGGUACCUUUUGAACCAGCUUUACAUUACAGAUUACUGUAUUUGGUUGCAAAAAAUAUCUGAAAAGAAGAUCUCACAUCUAGCUCUUUAUUUCAGUCAGAUUAACUUAAAUAAAGAAGAAAUUGGCCUCGAUUUAAUAGAAUUAGAAUCUGCAGCUUAUUCUGUCAAAGAAGAAGAAGAAAUCAAUUACUGUGCGAAUCUUUUAAACCGUGUUGAGCUUAAACAGCCAGUAUCUUCAGACGACUCUGAACCCGACUCUACAAGCUCAUCAGAAAUUUCAUCAUCAUCCGAUUCGAACAGUUCAUCAUCCUCAGAUGAAGACUAGAAAACGUACGACACAUUUUCUUGUACAAUUUGUCACAGUAGGUGAUAAACUAUCGCUACCUACAUUGGAUGGAGGCUGUGAGGUGUCGACUUUUUUCGAAGUUUCUUCAACUCGGAUCUCGUGCGACGAUUGUUCUAACAGUGUAAAGUGACAUUGUCCACAUGGAUUAGAGAUAAAAGUAGAUAAUAAAGUCGCCCAGACGUAAGGCUUAAAUUUCAUCGCAUGCUCUGGAACUAUUCGAUAUGUCAAUCUUCGACAUC